GAUUCGGGGUGUAACAGCGCCGCGCGCUGCGCAGGGCUACAGCUGCACGCGGCGAGCAGGCGGUCUGCGUUCCGGGGUUGAGCACUUCAUUCAGCGCGGCUCGCGGUCUGUCCGGGAAUAGAUGAGCUCAGUGCACGGACUGGAAGAAGCGACUGCCGCCGCCGUCUCUGGAGUCCGCAUUUUUGCUUAUGUUCGUGGAUACUGAUUUUUUUUCUUUCACCCGCCUCCCCCGACAUUGGCUUUAUCUGGAAAUUGCAUCUAUUCCGGAGAAUACGUCGCCGCGGAACACUGCUGUUUAAUGUGAAGAUCCUGAUUCCGUGGAUUGGAUACAAACUUGAGCAUCUGGUAAAAGGUGAAGAAGAAGAUUGUUUCUGGGUGGAGAUGAUCCAGCUGGUGUUCCUGUAGGAAUGUCAUUUCUACAACCCCGCUGAUGAUGCGCAGAUUUGGGAGGGAUGGAUUUACCCCCUGAGUCGAGCAAGCAUGGCAGGAAGACGACGAGUCACAAGCUGGAAGAUCAGAAGAAGAUCUACACUGAUUGGGCCAAUCACUAUUUAGCCAAGUCUGGCUGCCCGCGGCUCAUCAAGGACCUGACGCAGGACAUCGCUGAUGGAGUGCUGCUGGCAGAAAUCAUUCAAAUCAUCGCGAAUGAGAAGGUAGAGGAUAUCAAUGGCUGCCCCAGGAGUCAAUCUCAAAUGAUCGAGAACGUGGACGCCUGCCUCAGUUUCCUGGAAGCCAGAGGAGUGAAUGUGCAGGGUCUGUCCUCAGAAGAAAUUUGGAAUGGGAAUCUGAAGACCAUCCUGGGGCUCUUCUUCAACCUCUCCCGGUAUAAGCAGCAGCAGCAGCAGCAGCAGCAGUACUACCAGUCCCUCCUGGAGCUCCAGCAGCAGGUCACACACCAGGCCACCGGGGCGGCGACAGCGAGCCACCACAAGACACAAGAUAUGCAGUCCAGCCUAACUGCGCGGUACGCCACUGCCACUGCCACGGGUCACAGCGGCGCAGGACUAGCGCAGAAGAAAAACACAAGGCUACCAGGGCCCUCCCGGGCGUCUGCCGCAGGCGGCGGACCCUCCAAGGCCCCCGGAGCCGCCAACCUGAACCGCCGGAGCCAGAGCUUCACCAGCAUGGACAAGAGCCGGCCCCUGCAGUACGCCAGCGGGAACGACAGAGAGCUGGUGAAGGGCAUCUCUCAGCCUGGCAGCCUGAACGGGAGCAGUCCCCCUCCUGGCACCCCCGGCGGGCACCAGCCCCCCUCCGCCAUCCCCUCCCCGGGCACCGGCAAGUCCCUGCGCGGCAAGCCCGUCAGCAUGAAGCACAGUGCCACCUCGUCCUCCCUGUCCGUCAGAUCGUCCAGCCCGCCCAGCUCCCCCACCCCCGCCUCCGACCGGCUCAAGCCCCCGCAGGCGGAGGCCCCCAAGGCGGGGGGGUCGGGCCAGCGCUCCAUGCUGGAGAAGUUCCGCUUCAUCAACACCCGCGGGAACGCCCGGCCGCCGCCCGCCGGCUCGGGGGUGGAGCUUAGGGAGGAGGAGGAGGACGAGGCCGAAGAGGAAGAUGCGCUGUCGGAGUACGGGGAGGAGGGGAUGCUGAUGGGUCAGAGCGGCGUCAGGCAGACCGCGGUUGGCGGCGGCGGCGGCUCCGCCCCCAAGGGCUCCGCCAAGGGCGUGGCCAACAAGCCCCUCCCCCAGAGCAAAGACAAAGAGGACAAGGGGAAGAGCAAAGGCAAGAGCGGGACCCCCGCCAGGGAGGACAGAGACCCGCCCUCCGAGCCUGCCAAAAAGACCUCCAGAAUCGCCAGCCUCAUCCCCAAAGGGGGCAAGACCCCCGCCGUGAAGAAGGAGGGGGUCCCCUCGGCCUGCAGCGGGAUCCCCAAACCCGGCGCCAAGCCGUCCGCGUCCUCCUCGGCCCCCGGCGGGAAGAUGGCCGCCGCCGCCGCGCCGGCCGGCUCGGGGAGCCCCGCCCCCGGGGACCACAAGGCCAAGCCGUCCAAAGGGAGCCAGGCCGCGUGCUCCCCGCGCCACCAGGGGGCUCCAGAGGGCCGCAGGACCAGCAUGGUGUCCUCCACCAGCGCCUCGGCCAUUUCGGGCUCCGCCGCGAUGGCGGGAGGGGUGCUGGGGGCCAACGGGGUGGUGCAGCUCCCCCUGCAGCAGCACAGCCACCCCAACACCGCCACCGUCGCCCCCUUUAUGUACCGGACCUGCUCGGAGAACGACUGCACCACGGUCGCUCCCGGCAACGCCUGCCUGAGCCCCACCAAGGCCGACCUGGUCUACGGCAAGACCGCCAAGCAGUGUCUGGAGGAGAUCUCAGGAGAGGACCCGGAGGCGCGGCGGAUGCGGACGGUGAGGAACAUCGCCGACCUGCGGCAGAACCUGGAGGAGACCAUGUCCAGCCUGCGGGGCACGCAGGUCAGCCACAGCACCUUGGAGACGACCUUUGACAGCACGGUGACCACGGAGGUGAACGGGCGUGGCCUCCCCGCGCUGGGCAGCCGCUCCUGGCGCCUGGGCCAGUCCCCCAGCCCCCGCCUGCAGGCUGGCGACGCCCCCUCCCUGCCAGGCGGGUACCCCCAGCCCCGGGCCGGUGGUGGCGGAGGCGGGGGUGGCGGCGGCGGAGGGGGGGGCGGGGGUGCGGGCGCCAGCCGGUACGCGGACCCCUCCCGCCUCGUGUACAACGCCCCCCUGCGGCGGGGCGCGGCCGGGGUGGGGCCCAGGGGGGCGGAGCUUGGAGAAAAGGGAGGAGCCGAGGGAGGUCCCGAGGCGGAGGUGGGCGGGUACAUGAGCGACGGGGACAUCCUGGGGAAGAACGCGAGGCCCGAUGACAUCAGCAGCGGGUACCUGACGGACGGGGGCCUCAACCUGUACUCCCGGAAUGCGGGGCGAGCCCCCGAAUCGGCGGCCUCGCGGGACGUCAUCCAAAGGGGGGUCAACGAGAUGCAGGGGGGCACAGACAGCUGGGAUGACAGCAGCUCCGUGAGCAGUGGGCUCAGCGACACUCUGGACAACAUCAGCACAGACGACCUCAACACACCCUACUACUCCUCCACCUCGGCUCCGCCUCGCAAGGGCAAGCACUCCCAGCCUAAAUCAGACGCUGAGCCGCGCGGCUCUCCGGACCAUGACAUCAGCAGCUGGGACGGAGCGGAGGACCUGAAGAAGUCCGACGACGGUCCGGACGGCGCCAUGUGGAAACCUUCCUCGUCCUCGUCCUCCUCAACGGGACAGUACGAGGACCCCGACAGGACCGGGCAGAGGGCGGGCAUGCCCCUGUCCCACACGGGCUCCUGGAGGAGGGGCAUGACGGCCCAGGUUGGCAUCACACCCCCCAGGACCAAAGGUGCCGUCGGAGCCCUCAAAAAUCCAGGCAAGGCGGACGACUCGAAGGUGUCGGAGAAAGACCGGGGGGCCCCGCCCAAGAGCUCGGGGAUCCAGCGCUCGCCGUCGGACGCCGGGCGGAGCAGCGGCGACGAGGGGAAGAAGCCGCCGUCCGGCAUCGGGCGCCCCGCGGCCGCCAUCGCCUCCUUCGGCUUCAAGAAGGUGGGGGGCCCCGUGGGGGCCCUCAUCACCAAGGCCCCCGCGGGGGGAAAGGGGGGGCCAGCGGGGGGCGGGGGCGGCGGCGGGGGGGGCCGCAAGACCAGCCUGGACCUGGACGGCUCACAGCCGCAGGACGACGGGGCGCUGCUGGGGGGCGGGGCCUCCAGGGCCCCCCCGCAGUACCGGUCCCUCCCGCGGCCGGCCAAGUCCUCCCCGGGCGGGGCCCUGUGCCGGGGGGGCAGUGGUGGUGGCGGCGGCGGCGGCGGCGGGGGCCACCGCUCCAGCUCCAGCAGCGUGGACUCCAACGUCAGCGGCAAGUCGGCGGGCAGCGCGGGGGGCGGAGCCAACGCCAAGCGGCGGGACGGCGGGAAGGUGGGGUCGGGCCGCUCCAGCCCCGUCGCCGUCUGCCAGGCCGACAAGGAGAAGGCGGGCGCGGCCGACCCGGAAGGGGCGUGUCUCUCCAGCUCGCCCAAAGCCAGCCCCACCUCGUCCGGCCAAUCAGGGCUUCGGCAGCCCGGGUCCAAGUACCCCGACAUCGCCUCGCCCACCUUCCGCAGGCUAUUUGGCACCAAAGCCAGCAGCAAGGCCAGCUCUCCUGGCACCCCCGACUCGGGCAAGUGCCCGUCGGCGCUGAGCAGCCCCCACGGCACGCUGGCACGCCAGUCCAGCCUGGACUCCCCCUCCUCGGGCACGGGGAGCCUGGGCAGCGGGCAGGGCGGGGGCACCAGCCCCCUCUACGGCCGGGCCCCCGAGCUGGGGGCGGGCGACGCCCCCCCGGGCCUGGGCCAAUCGCCGGGCUCCAGCUCGGCCUCCGGCCUGUCGCACGCCUCGGGGGGCCGGCCCUGGGCGGUCAGCAUGAGCGUGUCGUCGGCGGGCAGCAAGGACACGCUGAGCUGCCAGAGCAUGACCAGCCUGCACACCAGCUCCGAGUCCAUCGACCUGGCAGCCGGCUACCACGGCUCCCUCACCGGCCUGGCGUCCGGGUCGAAGGUCACACGGACCGGCAGCGUCAAGUCCACGCUCUCUGAGGGAAUGCCAUUGGACAGGAACACACUCCCGAAGAAGGGACUGAGGUACCCCCCCUCGUCCCGGCAGAUGUCCGACGAGGAGGGGAAGGAGUGGAUGCGCUCCCACUCCACAGGGGGCCUGCAGGACACCGGGAGCCAGUCCCCCCUGUCUCCACCUGGGACGUCCUGCACCGCUAAUGGAAAAUACCACUACUCCAACCUGGUGAGCCCCACCAGCAUGCCCCAGUUCGGCCGUCCCGGGGCCAGCAUGAGCCGGUCCAACAGCAUCCCGGCGCAGGACUCGGCGCUGGACCUGUACGGGGAGGCCCGCGGGCUGGGCGGCAGCGCCACCUCGCUGGAGGACCGGCCCCGGGGCAUGAGCCGCUCCGGCUCCCUGCGGGACAGCAUGGAGGAAGUCCACGGGUCAUCACUGUCAUUGGUCUCCAGUACUUCUUCUCUCUACUCCGCGGCUGAAGAGAAGGCCCAUUCAGAGCAAAUCAGAAAACUGCGGCGGGAACUGGACGCCUCCCAGGAGAAGGUCGCCACGUUGACGUCUCAGCUGGCUGCCAAUGCCCACCUGGUGGCUGCUUUUGAGAAGAGUCUGGGGAACAUGACCAGCCGUCUGCAGAGCCUGACGAUGACUGCUGAGCAAAAGGAGUCGGAGCUGGCCGAGCUGAGGGAGACCAUCGAGGCGCUGAAGGCCCAGAACACCGACGCGCAGACCGCCAUCCAGGUGGCGCUCAACGGCCCGGACCACCUGCACAGAGACCUGCGGCUCCGGCGGCAGCACUCCUCCGACAGCAUGUCCAGCCUCACCAGCGCCAGCAGCCACUGCGCCGGCGGCGGCGGCCUGGACGCCGAGGCCAAGAAGAAGAAGAAGAAGAGCUGGCUGCGCAGCUCCUUCAAGCAGGCGUUCAGUAAGAAGAAGCCCAGCAAGCCGUCCUCGUCUCACUCCGACAUCGAGGAGCAGACGGACUCCUCCCAGCCCUCCUCUCCCAAACUGCCGCACGGGGCCACGCAGAGCGGGGACCGCCCCCUCAGACCCUCCCCCUCCACCACCGACCUGUGCGAGUGCACGGAGGCCGAGGCGGAGAUCAUCCUGCAGCUGAAGAACGAGCUGCGGGAGAAGGAGCUGAAGCUGACGGACAUCCGUCUGGAGGCCCUAAGCUCCGCCCACCACCUGGACCAGAUCCGCGAGGCCAUGAACCGCAUGCAGAAUGAGAUCGAGCUCCUGAAGGCGGAGAACGACCAGCUCAAGUCCACGGGGAGCCCCGCCCCCGGUGCCAGCCCCGCCAAGACCGCCCGCCCCCCCUCGGAGACCUCCAGCACCUCCUCCUCUUCCUCACGCCAGUCCCUGGGCCUGUCACUCAACAACCUCAACAUCACCGACACCAUAAUGUCCGACAUCCUCCUGGACGACGGGAGCGAGGGUAACCUGCGCAAAGACGGCCGGAGCGUCAGGAUCGUGGUUGCCAUCGACGACGGCUCCAACGUAACCAAGGGUAUGAGAUGUCAGGAGUAUCUCAUCGGAUCCAUUGGCGUCAGCGGGAAGACAAAGUGGGACGUGCUGGAUGGUGUCAUACGCAGAUUGUUCAAGGAGUACGUGUUCCGGGUGGACCCCCUGACCAGCCUGGGUCUGAGCUCAGACAGCAUCGCCAGCUACAGGAUAGGGGAGGUACUGCGGGCCCACGGCUCGGAGACGCCUCAGCUGCUGCCCUGCGGCUACCUGGUGGGAGACAACAACAUCAUCACCGUCAACAUCAAGGGUGCGUCGGAGAACAGCAUCGACUCGCUGGCGUUCGACACGCUGAUCCCCAAGCCCGUGGUGCAGCGCUACCUGAACCUGCUGACGGAGCACCGGCGCAUCAUCCUGUCGGGCCCCAGCGGCACCGGGAAGUCCUACCUGGCCGGCAAGCUGGCCCAGCACAUCGCCGCCAAGGCCGGGAGAGAGGUCACCGAGGCAACCGUCGCCAGCUUCAGCGUGGACCACGAGUCCAGCAAGGACCUGCAGCAGUACCUGUCCAGCCUGGUAGAGCAGUACAGCUCAGAGGAGAGUGACACCAAGCUCCCCCUGGUGGUGGUCCUGGACAAUCUCCAUCACAUCGGCUCCCUCAGCGACGUCUUCAACGGGUUCCUCAACUGCAAGUACAACAAGUGUCCGUACGUCAUCGGGACCAUGAACCAGGCGGCCUCGUCCUCAGCCAACCUGGAGCUCCACCACAACUUCAGGUGGGUGCUGUGCGCCAAUCACACGGAGCCGGUGAAGGGCUUCCUGGGCCGCUUCCUGCGCAGGAAGCUGGUGGAGACGGAGAUCCUGCGGAACACGCGCAGCAAUGACCUCGUCAAGGUGGUCGACUGGAUCCCCAAGACCUGGCAGCACCUCAACAGCUUCCUGGAGGCCCACAGCUCCUCCGACGUCACCAUCGGCCCGAGGCUCUUCCUGUCCUGCCCCAUGGACUCGGGCCGGUCCCGCGCGUGGUUCACCGACCUGUGGAACUACUCGCUCGUCCCGUACCUGCUGGAGGCAGUGAGGGAGGGGCUGCAGCUCUAUGGUAAGAGGACCGUGUGGGAGGAUCCGUCCAAGUGGGUGAUUGACACCUACCCCUGGAGCUCCGCCCCCUCGCAGCCGGAUGCGCAGCCCCUGCUUCAGCUGCGGCCCGAGGACGUGGGGUACGACGGGUGCAGCGGUGCCAAAGAGGAGACCGCCUCCAAACAGCUGUCCCAGAGCGACACAGAGGGGGACCCACUGAUGAGCAUGCUGAUGAGGCUACAGGAAGCCGCCAACUACUCCAGCGCCCAGAGCUGCGACAGCGACAGCGCCAGUCACCACGACGACCCGCUGGACUCCUCGCUGGAGUCCACCCUGUAGCGCAUCCCCCGGCUAACCGCCGUUCUUUACCAGCGAGAGGGUGGGGGGAGGG